ACUUACUCUUUUAAUCAAUACAGCUCCGAAAAAGUAACAAAAUGUUAUCUACGGUAUUCCUUAUCGCAUCUAUUGUAGUCGCAAGUCAAGCUGCACCAAGCAAUGACUUCCGUUAUCCCACUAAUGGUCGCAUUGUUGGAGGAGUUGUAUCCGAUAUCAAAGAUUUCCCGUACCAAGUCUCUUUGCAAGAUGGUUCCCGCCAUUUUUGCGGCGGAUCGAUCAUCUCUAAAAAAUGGAUUUUGAGUGCAGCUCAUUGCAUGGAACAAAUGACAGCUAGUCGUUUGAAGGUUCGCGUUGGAUCAUCAUUCCACAAAAGCGAUGGAAAAGUUGUCAAAGUCGUUAAAAUCGUCAGUCAUCCAUCAUACAACAAACGAACUAUCGACUACGAUUACGCUUUGGUUGAAUUAGCUGAAGAACUUGAAUUCAACACAUCCGUUCAAAGCGUCGAUCUUCCAGCUCAGAAUGAGGAACUUGUUGCCGGUGCCAAUUGUGUCGUCAGUGGAUGGGGAAAUACUCAAAGUAGCUUAGAGUCUAACGCACAAUUGAGAUCUGUGGUUGUUCCAGUUAUCUCGCGUGAAGAUUGUGCCAAGGAUUAUGAUGGAUUCAAUCCAAUUACAGAUCGUAUGGUUUGCGCUGGAUUCCGUACAGGAGGCAAGGAUGCAUGCCAAGGAGACUCAGGUGGUCCAUUUGUGCACAAUAAAGUGUUGGUUGGAGUCGUUUCAUGGGGAAAAGGAUGCGCUGAUAAAAAUUAUCCUGGAGUUUACUCGAACGUUGCCAAUGUGCGCGAUUGGAUUAAGAAAGUUUCUAGCGUUUAAGAAUGUUAUGAUCUGAAAACUAAAAUAAAUUAAUUAUAUAUGUUUUAAUUGAA